CUAAAUAGUAUUUCCCCUUUACCAUUAAGGUUUAAUGCGCCCUCAUCCUCGGUACAGAGUUUCCGGGUUCACCCAGAACAGCACCCAGCCAUGGCCCAAUCGAACAAACAGGACACAGGCGAUUUGUUCGCCGGCUUCCUCACGUCUUUUAAAUCUUUCGCCACAGAUGCCAUACACGUCGGCCAGGAGCCGGAGCAGUGGACAUCGAUGGCUGUGGUGCCGCCGAUUUCCCUGUCCACCACCUUCAAACAGCGCUCACCGGGGAACCACGCUGGCUUUGAGUACAGUCGGAGUGGAAACCCGACCAGAAACUGCCUGGAGAAGGCCGUGGCAGCGCUGGAUGGAGCAAAACACUGCCUUGCCUUUGCCUCGGGACUGGCAGCCACAGCGACCAUCACCCACAUGCUGAAGAAAGGAGAUGGGAUCAUCUGCAUGGACGAUGUAUACGGAGGCACCAACCGAUACUUCCGAAGAGUUGCAUCUGGAUUUGGGCUGGAGGCAACUUUUGUUGACUGUACGAAACCAGAGCUGCUGAAAGCUGCUCUGAAGGCCAACACCAAACUGGUGUGGCUCGAGACUCCAACCAACCCCAUGAUGAAGGUGGUGGACAUCAAGACCUGCUCCAACUUGGUGCACGAGUAUAGCAAAGACAUUGUAGUGGUCGUUGACAACACCUUCAUGUCGUCUUAUUUCCAGCGCCCCUUGGCUUUGGGCGCUGAUAUCUGUAUGUACUCAGCCACCAAAUACAUGAAUGGUCACAGUGACGUAGUCAUGGGUCUGGUGUCUUUAAACAGGGAGGAUCUAAAUGAACAACUGAGGUUUCUGCAAAACGCCAUCGGUGGUGUACCGUCCCCCUUUGACUGCUACUUGUGCAACAGAGGUCUGAAGACGCUCCACCUGCGGAUGGAGCGCCACUUCAAGAACGCCAUGGCAGCUGCCAAGUUUCUGGAGGCUGAUCCCAGGGUGGAGCGUGUCAUAUUCCCGGGCCUUCCCUCCCACCCACAGUAUGAGAUGAUGAAGAAACAAUGCACCGGGUGUCCAGGGAUGAUCACCUUCUAUGUUAAAGGAAAACUCGAGCACGCCACCACCUUCCUCAGCAACCUUAAAAUGUUUGCAGUGGCAGAGAGCCUUGGGGGUUAUGAAAGUUUAGCAGAACAUCCGGCAAUUAUGACCCAUGCGUCAGUGCCGGAGAAUGUGAGGGCCAUUCUGGGGAUCAGUGACACUCUGAUCCGCCUCUCGGUGGGAUUGGAGGACACGGCUGACAUAAUCGAAGACCUUGACCAGGCACUGAAUGCAGCUCAUCCAAAGAAGAACUGAAACAUCGGCAUGGCGUCCUCAAGACUGAGGUGGUCAUAGUAACGAUGCUCGGAGGUACCUGAGAUCUAAAACCCGAUGACGAUCAAAAUGUGCCCCCUUGGUUCCACCUUUCAAGAAACAAAAUGUUCUGAAAACAGUACAAAUGAUACCAUCUUUGAAUAAUUAUCACAAUUUUUACAUAAUCUUAUUCAUCUAAUGCUGGCUCUGCUUUGUUUGUUUGUGCUUUUAUUUUUUUAUUUGAAAGCUUUAUAAGGGAAAAAUCUCAUUUAUACAAAAGUAAAUGGGGUUUCAGUAUCUAAAUAACGAAAACUGCAUUUACAAAUAAAAUCUGAAAUAAAGUAGGUUUUAUAAUGCCAA